ACAUCCAUCAUCUUCUUAGAUGAAGGAGAGAUGAUGAAUUAAAAAUAAAAAUGUCCCUUGGAAACUGGUUCAAAGUGAAAUUGAUGCAGGCUUUUCUCGUAAUAAUACUUACUUCUCUUUUCUAAGGAGUAUGCUCAUCGGCCCGAUCACAAUAUCUGAAUAACAAAGUUCCAUUGAAUCUGAUUUCAUCAGAAUCGCACAAUUUUAAGUUAAUCCACCGGAGAAACAGGUAUCUUGUAAAUACUGUUUAUCAAAGGAGAAUGGCAACAUCAUCUGGAAGUAAUGACAAUGACAAUAAGCCAAAUGAUGAUGGUGUAAAAGAAGAUAAACCUACAUUUAGGAAUAAAUUAGCAUUAGAAAGAUCUCCAUAUCUAUUACAGCAUGCUUCCAACCCUGUUGACUGGUAUCCUUGGGGCGCAGAAGCAUUUCAAAAAGCAGUCGAGGAAGAUAAAAUGAUAUUUCUUUCUGUGGGAUAUUCUACUUGCCAUUGGUGCCAUGUGAUGGAAAGGGAAUCAUUUGAAAAUGAAGAAAUUGCUGAAGUCAUGAAUGAACAUUUUGUAAACAUUAAAGUUGAUCGCGAAGAACGACCUGAUGUAGAUAAAGUCUAUAUGACAUUUGUACAAUCUACAACUGGAGGUGGUGGUUGGCCCAUGAGUGUUUGGUUAACACCAGAAUUAAAACCCAUAUUAGGUGGUACAUAUUUUCCCCCUGAUGAUCGUUAUUAUGGGCAGCCGGGUUUUAAAACCAUCUUGGAACAUAUUGCUCAACAGUGGCAAGUCAAUAGAGAGAAGGUCUUGGAACAAGGAAGUAGGAUCCUUGAAAUCAUUACACAAUCCAUGAGUCUUAAAGCAUUUUCUGAGUCUGGAAAGAUGCCACCCUCUAUUGAUUGCAUAAAAAACUGUUAUACUGAGUUAGUACAGACAUAUGAUAAAGAGUAUGGUGGCUUUGGUAGUGCUCCAAAAUUUCCUCAACCAGUGGUGUUUAAUUUUCUAUUUCGAAAGUAUUCACUAUAUCCUGAAGAUAAAGAAGGUAAAAAAUGUUUAGAAAUGGCUCUGCAAACUUUGAAAAUGAUGGCUAGAGGUGGUAUACAUGAUCAUGUGGGAAAAGGGUUUCAUCGGUAUUCCACUGAUCAAUCUUGGCAUGUUCCCCAUUUUGAAAAGAUGCUUUAUGAUCAAGGCCAGUUGGCAGUAUCUUAUUUAGAUGCUUAUCAAAUUACUAAAGAUAAUUUUUAUGCUGAUGUUGCCCGUGAUAUUUUGGAAUAUGUUACCAGGGAUCUGCGUAAUGUGAAUGGAGGAUUUUAUAGUGCUGAAGAUGCAGACUCUUUACCAUCCUCUACUGCUCCGAGGAAGAAAGAAGGGGCUUUUUAUGUUUGGACUGAAGAAGAAAUCAGAGAUAUUUUAUCAGAAAAUAUCGCAAAUACAUCCCAUAACUUAGCUGAUAUCUUCUGCAAGUAUUUUCAUGUCCAAGCUGAAGGGAAUGUUGAUCCUUAUCAAGAUCCACAUCAUGAAUUAAAAGAGAAAAAUGUUUUGAUUGCAAGGAUAAGUGAAGAAGACUGUGCAAUGAGGCUCCAUAUUGAUAUGAAUGUAUUCAAUGAAGCUCUGGAAAAGGGAAAACAAACAUUAUUAGAAGUUCGAAUGAAACGUCCCAAACCACAUAUGGAUGAUAAAUUUGUUACUUCAUGGAAUGGUUUAAUGAUUAGUGGCUUUGCAAGAGCAGCACAAGUCCUUCAGGAUCCAAAAUAUGCUCAAUAUGCCAUGGAUGCAGCCCAAUUUGUAAAGAAAUAUUUAUACAAUGCAGAAACAGGUUGUCUACUGAGAAGUGCAUAUAAGGGUAGCAAUGACACUAUUGCUCAAAUCUUAUCCCCUAUUCCUGGUGUUUUAGAAGAUUAUACAUUUCUUGUCCGUGGUUUACUGGAUCUUUAUGAAGCCACUUAUGAUCCGUGGUGUUUGGAAUGGGCUUCUAGACUUCAAAUGACACAAGAUUGCUUAUUCUGGGAUGCUGCAGAUGGAGGCUACUACAAUAGUGUAUCUACUGAUCCUUCCAUUGUUCUCCGAUUGAAAGAAGAUCAAGAUGGUGCUGAACCAAAUCCAAAUUCAGUUGCUGUCUGUAAUUUGUUGCGACUAUCCAAUAUUCUUGUUGACAUUAGCUUGCAGGAUAAAGCUACAAAAAUCUUGUCAUUGUACAGUCAUCGCAUGGUGAUGUUGCCAAUGGCUUUGCCAGAAAUGUUGUGUGGUUUGAUGUUCUAUUAUUCAAACUAUAAACAGAUUAUAAUAACUGGCAAUAAAGAUUCUGAGGCAACCCAGGAACUUUUGAAACAAGUCCAUGAACUUUAUAUUCCUUUUAAGGUACUUUUAUUGGCAAAUAGCGAUUCUGAAAAAGUCCUUUCAGAACGCUUGAAAAUCCUUGAGAGGUCAGAUGAAUCUUCUUCAGAUUCAGUUGCCUAUGUUUGCCAGAGAAAUACUUGUUCACUUCCAGUAUCAUCCCCUUCUGAGCUGAAAAAAGUAUUACUCGAUUCAGAUCAACAAUCUGUAAGUUAAAAGUUAGUUCUUUUCAAAUGUGUACUUCAUACAUACUUACAUGAAAGAAUCAAUGUUGUAUUCUUUAAUUCAUGGAUCUUAUGAAACUUUGAUGCAAAAAAGGAAAUAUUUUAUGAAUUUGUGGAAGUGUUGUUAUAUAUUUUGUGGUGGUGUGAGAAAAUUUUAUUGUUUGGGUAAAAUAGGAGAUGAAAAAAUGUUUUUUCUCUUCCUACAUAGUAUUGAUGUUGAAUAGAGCUUGAUAUAGAUUAUUGUGUUUAACAUUGUAAGAUCCAAGUUACGAUGUUGGAAAAGAUUUUAGAAGUUAAAAAUUUGCUCUUGAAAUAUGGCAGUUAAUCAGUUCUUAACACAGAUAAUAUCUUAUAUUUAUUGUUGAUUUUUUAAAAAAAAUAUUUGAUAUUUUGAAUUUUUUUCUUCUAUUAUGUUUUGAAAAUUUUGUUAAAAUGUUUUAG